CGUGAAUAAAUCAGUGCAAUUCGGUACUGAUCGGUGCUGAUCAAUUAAUUUUGUAUAUCUAUUUUUUUCUCGUUUAGGCUUUGGUCGUUUGUGUUUUUAAAAUUUUUAUUGUGAUAAACGUCACUUGAUAUUACUACAAGUAUCAGUAUAGCAAAGAGUUACAUCGAACGGUAAACUCCUGUGUAGCAUUCCAGUAUCAGUGACAAUCUUGCUUCCACGUUACACGGCAUUACCUAUUUUGGAAACAAACGCUGUGUUACGGUAGUUAUCUCGUUUGCCGCGACGCACUAGUACUGGAUUUUCCAACGUUUCUCUAUCUCUUGAAACAUGAAGUACUUCCUCUUAUUUUUCCUAAUAAGCGUGACAGUUCAAUGGUCCGUUGCUCCACCUGUUAAUCAAAAGAGCAAGGACAAGGAUGAUGAUAAUGAAAAUGCUGUUGAUGAUAUGGAACAUAUGGUGGAUAUGGAGUACCACAAAUACCUGAUGCAAGUUGUUCAGGUGUUAGAGAGUGAUCCUGAGUUUAAGGAAAAGAUAAAGAAAGCAAAUCAAGAAGAUAUACGUACAGGGAAAAUUGCCGAUGAACUACAAUUUGUAAGCCAUAAUAUUAGAUCAAAAUUGGAUGAGAUAAAAAGAAUCGAAUUGGAAAGAUUAAGACAUCUUGCGACAGAAGAAAAUGAAUUAAGGAAUGGUUUAGAUAUAAAACAUUUAAAAGUACCUGAACAUUUAGAUCAUACCAAUACGCGUUCAUUUGAAAUUCAGGAUCUAAAGAAAUUAAUUGCUAAGACUAGUAGAGAUUUAGCGAAAACUGACAAGAAGAGGCGAGAAGAGUUUAAAAAGCAUGAAAUGAAAGUGAAAUUUGAAGAAGAAGAAAAAUUGAAACAUAUGAAUGAUGUGGAACGGAAGAAUUAUGAGCAUGAAUUAGAAGCAGCAAAAGAACAGCAGAAAAAACAUGAACCUAUACAUCACCCAGGAAGUAAACAACAAUUAGAAGAAGUAUGGGAAAAACUGGAUCAUAUGGAAGAUGAAGUAUUUAAUCCGAGAACAUUUUUUUACUUCCAUGAUAUCGAUGGUAAUGGGGUAUGGGAUCAAGAUGAAGUAAAAGCAUUAUUUUUGAAAGAAUUGGAUAAACUUUAUGCUCAAGGGGGACCCACGGAUUUAAUAAGACGAGCUGAGGAGAUGGAAAGAAUGAGGGAACACGUAUUCAAUGAAACUGAUCUCAAUAAAGAUGGUCUCAUUAGUUAUCGUGAAUUCUGGGAAGAUACAAAGAAACCAGAUUUCCAGCAAGAUAAUGGUUGGCAAGGAUUAGAUGAACAACAAAUUUAUACCCAGGAAGAGUUUGAAACAUACGCAAGACAAAUGCAAGAUGAAAUGCAAAGAAUGAUGGGUGAAGGAAUGGUUCCAUCACAUCCAGGUAACAAAGCAGCGCAAUUCGAAUCGCAUCCAUAUCCCGGAUCUUUCCCGGGUCAACAAGGACACAUUCCACUUCAACAGAAUCAACCACAAGCACCAAAUUUUCAACAAAGACAAAUUCCACUUCAGCCAAAUGAACAACAAAUUCCACAUUUUCAACAAGGACAAAUCCCACUUCAACAGAAUCAGCAUCAAGCUUUAAAUUUUCCACAAGGGCAAAUUCCACUUCAACCGAAUCAACCUCAAGCACCAAAUUUUCCACAGCAAGGACAAAUUCCACUUCAUCAGAAUCAACCCCAAGCUCCAAAUUUUCCACAACAAGGACAAAUUCCACUUCAGCAGAAUCAACCUCAAGCUCCAAAUUUUCAACAACUAGGACAAAUUCCACUUCAACAGAAUCAACCCCAAGCUCCAAGUUUUCAACAGCAAGGACAAAUUCCACCGCAAUUGAAUCAACUCCAAGCACCAAAUUUUCAACCAGGACAAAUUCCACUUCAACAGAAUCAACCUCAAGCACCAAAUUUUCAACAACAAGGACAAAUUCCAGUUCAACAAAGUGAACCUCAAGCACCAAAUUUUCAACAGCAAAACAUAAUUAACCAGGUACCACAAAAUGUCCAGGCUAACGCUGUGCCACAACAAAACAGUCCCAAUCAAGGCAACUCACAAUCUGCACACGCUAGCGCACAAGAAAUUACUAAAAAUAAAAUACCACAUAACGAGAAAGUAUAAUUUGACGAUGUCAAUAAUGGUCGAGAUGACAUUCA